ACUUAAAUAUUAGUCCACCCCCCGGUCCGAUGAUGUCAUGUGCUCUGAUUUCCUCUUGAAAAAACACGGAGAACUCGAGUCGAUGCUUGCCUUCUCUUUCUCUUCCCCUUCCCCCCUCCUCUCCUGAUCAGCUAUACUCUAUUGAUCGUUGCAGCUUUGCAGCAUUUGUAUGUAUCUUCGAAAUCAUUUGCAUCGGUCGCGGACUCUCCUCCGCCUGGGUCAGUUGGCUUCGCAACGAUUCUCUAGCUCAACCAUGGGGUCUUCGCUGGCCGAACUCCAAAAGUCCGGUGUUUUCACCGCAAAAUUACCGCCGGACCCUGCCUUCGAAACCCCUGAAUCUUCCCACCAGGCGCCGAGGGAGACACUUGGCCCCCGUUUGGUGAAGGGCGCGCUCUACACUUUCGUUCGCCCCGAGCCGACGAAGGCGACGGAGCUCUUGGGCGUCAGCCCGAAAGCGAUGAGGGACCUCGGAUUGAAGCCUGGCGAAGAACACACCCCCGAAUUCAAAGCCCUGGUCUCGGGCAAUAGUAUCAAUUGGACCGAGGAGAGCGGCGGGAUCUAUCCUUGGGCGCAGUGCUAUGGAGGUUGGCAGUUUGGUUCAUGGGCAGGCCAGCUGGGCGACGGGCGCGCAAUCAGCUUGUUCGAGUGCACCAACCCAGACACGCACAUUCGCUAUGAAUUGCAGCUGAAAGGGGCUGGGCGCACCCCUUAUUCUCGUUUCGCUGACGGGAAAGCCGUUGUUCGAUCCAGCAUCCGGGAAUAUGUCGUGUCAGAAGCACUUUCGGCACUUGGCGUGCCAACUACUAGGGCUUUGUCCAUCACCCUCCUACCUCAAUCUAAGGUUCUACGGGAGCGCAUCGAGCCUGGAGCCAUAGUUGCCCGGUUCGCCGAGUCUUGGUUGAGAAUUGGAACAUUCGACCUUCCACAUGCGCGUGGCGAUAGGGACACGGUUCGAAAGCUGGCUACUUUUGUCGCAGAAGAAGUGUUUCAUGGCUGGGAGGCUUUGCCGGCGAUAGUGUCGUUGGGUAAAGAUCACCCCCCAGAUGCUGUGGAAAACCCAGCGAGAGACGUUCCCUGGGAUCAAAUACAACACCACCAGGGCGUAGAAGAAAAUAGGUUCGCAAGACUAUAUCGAGAGAUUGCGCGGCGGAAUGCGAAGACUGUGGCGGCUUGGCAAGCCUACGGUUUCAUGAACGGUGUCUUGAAUACUGACAACACUUCGAUAUAUGGUCUGUCUCUUGACUAUGGCCCAUUUGCCUUUAUGGAUAAUUUUGAUCCCCAAUACACCCCAAAUCAUGAUGAUCAUCUUUUGAGAUAUUCCUACAAAAACCAACCAACCAUAAUCUGGUGGAACCUGGUUAGGCUUGGGGAGUCUUUAGGUGAACUCAUGGGGGCGGGAGACAAAGUUGAUGACCCAUCCUUUGUCAAAGAAGGGUUGGCGGAGGGAUCUAUGCCAGCUGUUGUUGAGCGCGCAGAGGCCAUCAUCGAGCGAACGAGCGACGAGUUCAGGACUGUGUUUUUGAACGAGUACAAACACCUGAUGAGCAAACGGCUGGGACUGAAAAGCCGAAAGGAAUCCGAUUUCCAGCACUUGUUCUCGGAGCUUUUGGACACGCUGGAAGCCUUGGAACUGGACUUCAAUCAUUUCUUCCGACGACUGUCGCAUAUACCACUUACCGCCAUCGAAAGCGAGGACCAAAGGAAAGAUAUAGCGCCAGUAUUUUUCCACGAGGAAGGAUUCGGUGGGAUUGGCUACACCGACGAGACCGCCAAAGAGCGGAUCGGCAACUGGCUUGAUAGCUGGAGGGCUCGGAUUCUAGAGGACUGGGGGCCGGAUGAAGACCAGCAGAGACAGGAAGCAAUGAAAGCGGUGAACCCGAAGUUCUUGCCUCGCGGAUGGAUUCUAGACGAGGUCAUUGAGCGCGUCGAGCGCCGUGGAGACCGCGAGAUCCUGGAGCAAGUGAUGCGCAUGGCUCUUAACCCGUUCGAAGACACUUGGGGCUUAAACAAGAAGUUGGAAGAGCGAUUCUGUGGAGAUGUACCCCGAUUCCAAAGAGCUAUGAUGUGUAGUUGCAGCUCUUGAUCGUGGACAUUCUCUUGUCUUUCUUUUUUGAUAGAAGCAAGGCUGGUCAAUAUUGCUUUGAGACACAGUAAAUUUUAUUCACAGAAAACUUUUUUUUGGUACUUAGUCUUCCGCAUUACACAAAAGGGAAAGUUUUAUCAACCCAAGACCCUCCCCAACAGCCCAGACCACCUAUCAACCAAGUUCGAGACUUCCAUCCUUCCCUUUGUUUUAUACUUCCUGGUCCAAUAUCGGACUGGAAGUUGGGUGGAGAACGGAAUUCAAGGUUUAGCAGAUCUUUUCAUGAUACCGUAAUCGGGAAAGUCGUUCGAGGCUAGGAUCGUAAAGCCAGAAGUGACUUGGCUGCAAUGAAAUAAGACAUAUUUUGAAACUUUCAAACCCGGUACAGAGUGUACGGCUUCGAUCGAAGACGUCUCUGGGAGCUGGUCCCGGAGACCUCAGUGCGAGGGAGGAGACGAAGGAUUUCUCAGUGAUUCGACUUAGUUGGGGCAGGCAGCCUGGACGUGUCCGGGCUGUUUGCAGUUGUAGCAAACUCUCUCGCCUUUAGCCUCAGUGGGGCAGUCGCGAGAGACGUGUCCAACCUCUCCACCUAAUCAGCAAUGGUUAGUAAAGCAAGCCUAGUAUGGUGACAUGCAACAGAGAACGCUUACAGUUGUAGCACUUCUGGCCAU